UUUAAAUCAAAAUUCUCAACAUAAAUAAAACUAAUAAGGAGUAUAAUCUUGGAUACACCUGGGUCUAUGUCUAUAUGUGUGUCAGGGUUCGAGAACAAGAUAAAGGUGCAACACUCCGUCCCUCCCCUCUCCUCUAAGGGAGUAGUGGACUUAAUGACUAGUAUACCAAGCCCAGCAAGAAACAGACCAACAAAGGAGCCCAAAAUUCGUCGUCUAUCCAAUCACCCGAAGCAACUAGUCCGAUUUCAGACAAUACUACUGUACAAAGAUUCAAGCUUUAAUCUAAACCCCAAUACCAAUUCCCAGAAAAACUCUGUUCUCCAGUAAAUACACAUCAAAGAAGAAACUUCAAGCAAUAAUGGCUGUCAUUUUCUCUCACUUCCAAACACCUUCUAUUACCAUGACCUUACCUAAAGCUGCUUCUUGCUUUUGCCGCUCCUUAUUUUCUCAAUCUUCAAUUUACAAUCAUCAUCUUCUUUAUUACCCAAUUCAAAAUCCCAUUUUUAAUUUCAAUUCUGGUUGGCAAAGGGUUCGAACUCGGGUCACAAGUUUAUCUGAAGCUGCCAGUGUUACUGAUGUAAUUAGAAGCCCUAAUCUUGUUGCUUUGGAGUAUUCUGAGCUUAAGCUUCCAAUUAAUUGCGAGGAGGUGGGUAAUAUUCGAGUCCGGCAGCAUGUUAAUCCUCUUAGUACAGCAUUAUCUGUACCAGCAGAGGUGCCUGAUUGGAAUGAUGUGUUUAAAGACUCCUCUUUGCCUCUGAUGGUGGACAUUGGCUGUGGUAGUGGCAGAUUUCUCUUAUGGCUAGCAAAAAGGAACAUUGGUUCUAAUAAUUAUUUGGGACUUGAAAUACGCAAAAAAUUGGUGAAGCGUUCGAAUUUUUGGGCCAAAGAACUGAGUCUUUCUAAUACACAUUUCAUGUUUGCCAAUGCUACAAUAUCUUUCCAGCAGUUGGCAUCUUCUUAUCCUGGACCGUUGGUAUUGGUUUCGAUCCUGUGUCCAGAUCCCCACUUCAAGAAAAGGCACCAUAAGAGAAGGGUUUUGCAGAAGCCACUGGUUGACUCCAUUGUAGAUAACCUAACAUCAGGUGGACAGGUAUUUGUGCAGUCUGAUGUGCAGGAAGUGGCAGUUGACAUGAGAAAUCAGUUUGAUAUUGUGCCAGAUAUGCUACACAUUGAUGUCAUUGACCCUAAUUAUGGUUGCGAUCCUGAUGGUUGGCUUCUAAGUAAUCCCAUGGGGAUUAGAACUGAGAGAGAGAUUCAUGCUGAACUUGAAGGUGCUAAAAUGUAUAGACGAUUGUAUCAGAAGGGAACAUAAUAUUAUCAUCAGUUGAAGCCUGCAUUAAGCUCAUUCUUUUAAUCUGCGUAGAUACAGAUCACACAGUUGAAGCUUUUCUUUUAUUAGGCUCUUCGUUUGCUAAUUCUCAGGCUUACAUUGCAGUUAGCUUGAUUAAUACUCCCUCUUUCCUUUUUUUUUUCCACCAUGGAUCUACUUUUUGUGAUAGCUUUUUUGGGGGUCAAAUGGUGCAAAAAAUAAGGGACAGAGGGAGGUCACAAGCAGAAUUUAACUUUGAGUUUGUUUUAGCUCUUUAGGAAGUAAGUUUGCAUCACAGAAAGCUUGUACAUGUAUUCACUAGUGUAUCUGUUACUUCUGGUCUUUUAUUAAAGAAAUUUUUUGCAAUCCUAUGCAUUUUGAACA